GAGAGAGAGAGAGAGAGAGGUUUCAGCCCUGGAUCCGAGAGGAGGCUAAUUUACGAGUCUUGUUUUGCCUUUCAGGAAAAGGGGAGAUAAGAGGGGGAGGGUGGUUGGUUGAAGGAGAAUGCAGCAAUCACAUUUUUAAGCAUGCAGGAGCGGGCCGUUUCCGGUUCCUAGGCUGGUGUGUCCCCCCCAUCCGACGCCAGCAGCCGUAUGGGGAAAGCAGCGGCAGACACAGAUGGCAUGGACACUUCCACAAGGUCUGCCGCUCUGCCCUGCCCGCUCUGCCGCCGGAGCCCGUUCGCCGCCGUCUCUCUCUUCCAGCUCGCCCCGCCGCCCAGCAGCACUGCAGCGCAGCACAGGCUGACGGCAUGAGGCUUGAUCCAGUGCAUUUCUCCAUGCUGGUCAUCGGGGUCUCCUUCGCCUGUUACGCCCCGAGUCUCAACUCCCUCCAGGACCAGGCGUACCGAUCCGCCGUGGUCAUCGAGGGCGAGGUGCGCUCCUCCCCGGAGAACGUCUCCUCCCGGGAGCCCUACAGUGUGAAUGUCAAAGUGCUGGAUGUGUGGCCCGUCAACAGCGGCGGCCUCGAGAGGGAGCAGCUCGUCACCGUCGGGGACUUCGGCUAUGAGGCCCCGUGCACCACGGUGGAGAAGGACCACAGAUAUAUCUUUUUCAUGGACCCCACCGCCGAGCCCUUGGUAUUCAAGGCGUCGUUCGCCCCCGUGGACGCCAGCGAGCCGGAGCUGAAGAAGGAUGUGGAGAGAGUGCUGUGCGAUAAGUGCGCCUCGGCUCCCAGGCUGCAGCCGAUGCGGGGCCAGUCUCUGCUGAGAGGGGACAAGCUGUACUUGAAGUGCGAGGCGUCGGGGAAUCCCAGCCCGUCGUUCCGCUGGUACAAAGACGGACACGAGCUCCAGAAAGGCAGAGACCUCAAAAUUAAAACCAACAAAAAAAACUCCAAGGUGCAGAUCAGCCGAGUUCGCGUGGAGGACUCGGGGAACUACACGUGCGUGGCUGAAAACUCACUGGGACAAGAAAACGCCACAAGUAUAAUCAGCGUGCUGAUCUCGACCACAACCCCGUCUCCAGGCGUGAGUCAUGCGAGGCGCUGCAACGACUCGGAGAAGGCGUACUGCGUCAACGGAGGAGACUGUUACUUCAUACAUGGUAUUAACCAGCUAUCCUGCAAGUGUCCCAAUGACUAUACGGGGGACCAGUGUCAAAACUCCGUCAUGGACGGUUUCUACAAGCUUCUCAGAAUUAAAUUUAAGGAGGCGGAGGAGCUCUACCAGAGGCGGGUGCUGACGAUCACAGGCAUCUGUGUGGCGUUGUUAGUGGUUGGCAUCGUUUGUGUGGUGGCCUACUGCAAAACUGAGAAGCAGAGGAAGAAGAUGCACAGCCAUCUGCACCAAAACCAGAACCAGUGUGUGGAGCAGCCCAACCGCAUAUUGGCCAACGGGCCGAACCACCCAGGACCCGGUCCGGAGGAGAUCCCCAUGGUCGAUUACAUCUCCAAGAGCGCCCCCACCACAGAGUGUGUGAUCAGCCACGGAGCCGAGGGUGCAGGCAACUAUGCAGGCAGUCGAAUGUCGACCCGUUCCCACCACUCCACCACUGCCUCACACGCUUCCAGACACGAGGAGCAGACGUGGAGCAUGGAGCGGACGGAGAGCAUGAACUCAGACUGCCAGUCAGGUGGGCUCUCCAGCUCGGUGGGAACCAGCAAGUGCAGCAGCCCGGCGUGCAUGGCGAGGAGGGCCGCCCACUGGGGCUGCGCGGACACGUCGGGCCCGGGGAUGCAGUACGGGGACUCCUACGACUCUCUGAGAGACUCGCCUCACAGUGACAGGUACGUGUCGGCGCUGACCACGCCGGCCCGCCUGUCUCCGGUGGAGUUCCACUACCCGCCGCUGCCCCCCCAGGUGCCCACCUUCCAGAUCACCUCGCCGAACACAAGCCACGCCCUCUCCCUCCCCCCUGCUGCCGCCGCCUACCACAGAGACGACGACCAGCCGCUGCUACGGUGCCCCGACGACGGGAGUUUAUACCGGCAGCCGCGGCGUCCUCGCCGACCUUACCUGACGGAGAGCACAGGGAGUCUCCCCUCCAGCCCCUACCGCCUCCCUGACGACGAGGCCUACGAGACGACGCAGGAGUACGCCUCGUCGCGGGAGCCCAUCCGGAGCCGGCGCCGGCCGCGGCGCAACCGCCUCAACGGACACGUCUCCCAGCGGUCGGUGGGCCUGCGGGACUACAGCUCGCAGAGCUUCAGCCAGUCGGAGGAGGAGGAAGAGGAGGAGGAGGAGGAGGAGGACGCUCACGGGGAGAGCACGCCUUUCCUCAGUAUGCAGAACAUGAACAUGGACCCGCCCCACGGCGUGCCGGGCUUCCGCUCGUCGUCGGGCGCCGACACACGGACUCACCGCGGGCUGAGUCGGCCGGGGACGCGCAGCAACGGGCAGAGCCGCGGCUCGCAGUCGCAGCGCUGCAAGGCCGACAACAUGCCCCUUUAAGACCGGACCUCCCACACACACCCCCGCCACGCCCUGCCCUCGACACCCCACACACUCCUCCCCCCACCACACACAACCAGUGGACUAGAGACCUGCACCUAGGAGAAAUAUUUUUAUUUUGUAUAACAGACAGAUAUUCUAAACAAAUGAAAUAUUUAUUUUCAUUUCAGCAAAAAUUGUCUACUAGCUAACAGCAAAGACUUUUUUUAUAAUGGGGGGGAUAUUUAUAUGUAAAGUUUUUUGAUUUACAGCAUUAUGAGAGAUGAAAAAAUACGAGAAUUACGUGCCAAUUUUUUCACAAGUUAGAUAAAUAGAAUAAUAUUGUGGUGCCUUUUGCUGUAUGCUGAAGUCGGAGGUCCCAUUGAGUUUUUGUAGCCUUUCUUAUAAAGACUCCUCGUUUUUAUAGAGACCAACCCUCUUCCUUCCUUUUGCUUUGGUUUGUUUCUUUGAUUUGGGAUCUUCCUCUUUUUGAACUGUGAUUUGAUUAAGUCAUCAUGCAAUAUUGAUUCCUCCUGUGUAAAAGGUGUCUGUUUACAUGAGUAUGAAUCCACGCGACGCGCUCGUCUCCACAGGGACGCUGGGUCACGGACGCGACGCAGCCGGAUGUGUAGGGUAGAUUUCCUCGGACGAACACACGUCGGUCAUUAUGUCCCUGUUCGCUGCCUGUCCGCCAUUUGUUGUUACUUCUGCGAGUUGUUGAGGGAGUGUGACUCCAGAUUCCUGUGUAAAGGUGUUCAGGGUGCUGCCGUGACAGUGGCGGUGGAUGCAGAGCGUGUGUUUUUGUGUGCGUGCGUGCGUGUGUGUGUGUGUAUGGCUGUGUAGGGUCACCUCAUGAAGCCUCAUUUGGUUGGCGCCUCCGUUCACCCGGCGGAGGCCGCGCUCCCUCGUUCUGACUGACCCGCUCCUCACACCCAAUCCUCACGCUGCCAGAAGCUCCAUUGCACUGUAAGCCCCUCCCUCUGCGAGCAGCCGCUGGCCAGGGAGCUGCCGACCCCGACCCCGACCCCGACCCCGCCCGGACCGAUCCAGUCGUAAUCCAGCCUGACUCUGGCCUCCCGUGGACUGCCCAGCCCGCCCGUUUCCUAUGCCAGCAGCUUAGAGCCGCACUGUGUCUCAGGACUUCCCCAUCACAUCACAGCCGAAAGACUCCGAGCAGAGAGCGAGCGAGAGAGAGAGACAGAGAGAGAGAGAGAGAGAGAGAGAGUCGUCUCAGUCACAGUUCAGUCCGCAGGCCAGAUCCACAUCCCCUCACUCUUUCUUCGUCCCAUCUGUCAGGUUCUUCUCGUCUUUACUCGUGGCCAUGAUGAAGGGAGUGAGGAGUCUAUAAAUAUAUGAAAGAAGGAGUUUGUUUUUUUUUUCCUGUCCAGGAUGCGUGCGUGUGAUUUGAAGCGAUUACAGUGAUAAUG